AUGUCCUGGCCAACCGGAGCCGGACCCGGGGCCGGGCGGUUUAGAUCCCGGGGCCGCCGGCUCGCCCCUCGGCUGAUGCUCCUGCCGGGGCUGAUGCUGUUGCCGCUGCUGCUGCUGCUGCUCCUGGCAGCGGCCACGCCCUCCAGCCAGUCGCUCGGCACGCAGGCCAUCUACUUCUACGCGGCCCCCCAGCCGCUGGGCCUGAUGCCGGGUUUCCUGGGCUUCGCCACCCCGGUCGGCGCACCAACACUUGCCCUCACCAUGGGCACCGAUCACUAUGUGUACGUGUAUCAGCAGGCCCCCUUGCUAAGCCUGCCGCAUGAAUCCCGCUGGGGGGCCUUCUUUCCCAGUGUCUCGCGCAAUGGCAUGCUCUGCAUGCAGCAUUCCUCCGAACCGACGCACGCCCUGGAUAUGUGGGUCCUCGACUCGUCGCCCUCCGCCACCCCCAUGGUCCUGGAGGUGAGCCCGACGCAUGUCAGCCCCUGCGGCGGGGACACCGUCUUCGCCCUGCCGGACCCCGACACCGAACUCCUGGCUGCCCUGCCAACCAGCUACUUCGACGCAUGCAUCCUGGCCAUGCUCGGGUCGCCGAAUGGCCCGCGCACCGCGGCCAUCUUGCAGAUGACCAUGGGCGAGACGCACCUCCUGGUGCAGGACCUCGACCUGGUCCCGCUGACCGGCAAGGUCCUGGCCGCCAGCGUCUCCCAGCUGACUUUCUACCUGGCCGCCGAGUCGCGUCUGUUUGUCGUGCGCAGCUCCCCCCACGCGGGCCCCGAGGUCGCGGAGCUCAACGUCCCGGCGGUGCCCGCUCGAGCCAUGGUCGCGACCCGACUAUUGGACGAUGGAAAUGCCUGCCCGGCCGGGGACCUGAUCCUUCUGCUGGACGACCGCCGGCUCCUGGUGUUCUCCUGCCUGGACGACCGUCCUACCGAGGCCACUUUUAGCGCCACCCUGCCGGCCACGGCCGUCGGCUCCGGGGGCCGCUUUGUCGCCCUCCGUACCGAUGCCCUGCUCAACAUGCUGUCGUAUCUCCUGUAUGUGGACGAGCCCCCGGCCGGGGGCGGUCGCCCGGGAGUCUGGCGCAUGGUCCCGACCCCGGACAAGCUCGCUGUCACCUGGCAGCAGGUGGUGCUCCCGCCCGCGGUGGACCCCACCCGCCUGGAGGCCGUCACCCUGCUCAUGGGGCCCGGAUCCUACCUGCAGGCUCUUGUCGCCGACGGUGUGGCCCUCUUCGGGGGAAGCACCCUCGGCUGUUCGACCGACCCCACCAUCCAGUGCGACACGCCCUCCGAGAGCACGCUCUCGCCCCUGGGCUGGCAGUGUGUCCCCACCCGCGCCGAGUCUCCCUUCGCCGUGGUCGGCCAGCUGUGCGGCGGAUGCGCCCAGGGGCACUUUCUGAAUCGUCACGUCAAUGCUUGCGACCCCUGCCCGCUCGGGGCCCUGGCCUGCAACCCCUCCGAGCCGCUGGUCUGCCAGGAGCCCCUGCUGCUGACUCCCGGCUCGCCGGGGGCCAUGUCCACCUGCACCGCGGCGUGCGCCGAGGGCUUUUCGGAGCUCGCCGGCGUGUGCCUCCCGCACCUCAACACGCCUGCCACCUCGCACGCCCUCCUGGAGGACUCCUUCUCCGAUAUGAACCUCGCCCCGGGGCUGGCGGUGACCACGGUGGCUGACACGCAUUUGGCCCCGGGCGAUGGGUCGACCUACUUGAUCCCGGGCUCGGUGAUAGCCAACCCGCAGUCCCCUCGAAGUGGCGUCCUGCUGUUGGUGUCCGAUGGGUCGGUGGCCAUCAUGCCGAGCUCGGCCAUUGGCACCAUGCACGCGCGUAGCCCGCCGGUGGCCAGGCCGCUGUCGGCCGGCUUGGUCCUGCCCCCGGCCAAGGCCUAUGCGGAAGUUGGGCCCCAUGUGAAGGGCGACAUGGCCAGCCUGGGCUUUGCCCUCUGCCUGGAGGAUGGCCAAGUCCUGACUGGGACAUUGACCUGCCCGUUGGACACCUCCGGGCCGGCCCCCUACCAGGGCAUUUGUUCGACCGACGGCCCUGUGUUCCUUAUUCCCUUUUUCGGCGGCUGCACCACCCUGCGGCGCAUCGGCCAGCAUCAGAUCCUCGUGCACACCCACGAGCCGGCCCGAAUGCUGCUGAUCUUCAACGGGAAUUGGCACUGGCAGAUGCUGCAUCCCUCCAUUGAGAGCAUGGUCCACCUGCCGGCAAUGGAUCCGCCCCGGUCGGCCCCGGUCACCGGCAACCCCAGGAUCGAUGACUGGUAUGUGCUCACCCAGCCGACGGGCCUGGCGACCGGGGUUCCCGAGGGCCUCGUCGAUCUGGACCCCCGGUCCCAGGCCCUUGUCGGUGGUUUGUUGGCCGGCCCGGGCCCGGGCCCGGUGGUCGCCUCGGCGCCGGUGCUCUUGCUCACCUCCGGCGCCAUCAGCCCCGGUCGCCCGGCCUGGCAAUUGGCCAUCACGCACUUGACCACGGCCGGGGCCUGGGAGGCUGUCCUGCCGCCGGGGGAUGUCAUCCCCAGCGGGCGGACGGUCCAGCUGCCGGGGCUUCGCCAGCCGCUGGGGCUGGUGCCGGGCGGCGCGCCCGGCCCCGGGUCGCCACUGCACUUUCUAUCCGUCAGCCUGACCGCCAACGCGGAGUACCCCUCGGCGCUGGUGCUUCUGACCGAGCGCCUUGUCGGUGUCUCGCUCUUUUGGUGCCCGGUGUCCAGCGGCCCGUGCGUCCUGCUGCCGGCCUCCUUCACCACCUUCGCCGCGCCGAUUCCGGACAUCGGCCGCCAGGGCGUGGUCCAAUGUUCGAGGGCCAUUCUCACCCCCGGCCCCGGGCACCUGGUCUCGCUGCUGGCCAUGUCCGAUGUGGGCAAUCCGCUGCCGGUGCACCUGGACAUCGUGGUCGACUGCCCGGCCGGCACCUUCGGCAAGGGCUGCACCUCCUGCCAUGAAUCCUGCCUUGUGUGCUCCGGGCCGCGGGCCGACCAGUGCACCCGCUGCCAGGCCUCGAUGCCAGGCAGCCCGGGCACCUGUCUGGAAGCCUGCCCGACGGGCCUCUAUCUCGAUGCCUUUGGCGUCUGCCACUGUCACGAAACGUGUCGGAGCUGCGCCCCGGCCCUGCCCACCCCGGGGGCCGCCUACGAGUGCCAAGUAUGCCAAGCGACCGACCAUGCGCCGGUCCCCCUGGACCAAGGCCACAGCCCGGGCCAAUGCCAGGCCUGUGACGACUCGUGCUCCGUGUGCUCGGUCCCGGCCGAUGCCGAGGCAUGCACCGUCUGCCCGCCCGGUCGGUGGGCAUUGCUCCAUCGCUGCGUGGAGGCCUGCCCGGAGGAUCACUGGCCCGACGUGCCGGCCCAAGCCUGCAGGCCCUGCCUGGGCGACUGCGCCACCUGCCACACCGGCAGCACAUGCGCCACCUGUCCGGCUCAGCACUUCCUCGGCGCCGACCUGCGAUGCCAUGCGUGCGAUGGGUCGUGCGCCGGAUGUGCCCAGGCCGGCAGUUGCACCGACUGUCGAGCCGGCCUGGUCUUCCUGUCGGUGGACCCGCAGCAGGCGUCCCUGUGCGGGAGCAUCUGCCCCCCUGGCGAGUAUGUCGGGCCCGGCCGAUGCGCCACGUGCCACCCCUCCUGCCACUUGUGCGCCGGGUCCGGCACCGCCUGCCAGGUGUGCGCGCCGGGCUUCCGCUGGGCCGCCCCGGCGGCCCCGGGCCCCCAUGGCACCGGGCUGUGCGUGCCCUGCCCGGCCGGGUGCGCCUCCUGCACGGCCACCAGGUGCCUGUCCUGCGAGGCGGGGCUCCUGCUGGGCCAGGACAACGGCUGCCUGGCGGCCUGCCCGGCCGGCGCCUAUGGCACCGAUGAAUCCCGCCAGCCAUGUGAUGUCACCUGUGGCACCUGCACCGGGGGCUCGCCGGACCAGUGCACCACCUGUGCCGGGGGGCUGGACUUUGUGGACGCCGGCUCCGGCGUCGGGGCCUGCACCUCCACCUGCCCCGAGGGGCAGUACCGGGAGGAGGGCUCCGGCACGUGUGUCGCCUGCGAUGCCGCGUGCGCCGCAUGCAACGGCCCCUCGGACACGGAUUGCUGGCGGUGCCAUGGGACCGUGCUGCAGGAUGGCCAGUGCGUGCAGGAGUGCUCGCCCGGGCAUGUGGCCGCCGGCGGCCGGUGCCUUCGGUGCCAUGUCUCCUGCGACCAGUGCGCCGGGGUCCGGUCCACCGAGUGCCUGCCAGCCUGCCCGGAUGACCUGCUGGCCCUGCCAGCCGGGCAGUCGCCCGUGCGCUGUGUCCCCGCCUGCCCGGCUGGCCACCGGACCACCCCCUCCGGCUGCUCCAAGUGCACGGACCACUGUGCCAGCUGCCCGACGGAUGAGUCGGUGUGCGCCCUGUGCGAGCGCGGCUGGCUCCUGGACAGCCCGGCGUGCGUGGACUCGUGCCCGGCCAACUCCCUACCCAUGGGGGGCUUGUGCUCCACCUGCCACGCGAGCUGCUCCUCCUGCUAUGGCCCGGGCCCGGAGCACUGCCUCGCAUGCGAGCCGGGGGCCCCGUUGCUGGUGGCCGGCCGGUGCUAUGCCGCCUGCCCGCCAGGGACCUUCCGCAGCGGCUCGGCCUGCCUCCCCUGCCAUGGGACCUGCGCCGAGUGUGCCGACGGCCCGGGGCUCGAUCAGUGCACGGCCUGCCCGGCGGGCCGGGCCCUGGUGCAGGCCACCGGCCGCUGUGCGGCCCAGUGCCCGGCCGGGUGGUUUGCCUCCGAAGCCCGGGUGUGCGUCGCGUGCCAUCCCACCUGCCAAACGUGCGAGCAGGCCGCCGCCUGCCUCACCUGCCGGCCGGGGGACCUCCUCCAGCCGGAUGGGGCCUGCAGGGGCGCCUGCCCGGUCGGCUGGUUUGCGUGCCAUGCCUCGGCCAUGUGCACCCGCUGCCCGGGUGGCUGUGUCGAGUGCGAGCCGGUCGGCGCCACCUGCACGGCCGCCUGCACCGCCUGCGAAGAGGGUCGCCAUUGGUCCGGUGGUGAAUGUGUGACGCGCUGUCCGGCCGGGCAAUUUGCGCCGGGCGAUUCGCCCGCCUGCGCCCCGUGCCAAGGCCCCUGCAAGACGUGCGUCGGCCAGGGGACCUUCUGCACGUCAUGCCAUUCGGGCCUGCUCGAGUACGAGUCCGGCCGGUGUGUCAGCGCCUGCGAGGCGUCCGGCUUUGCCCCGGCGGCCGGGGUGUGCCUCGCCUGCUUGCCGGGGUGCGACCGUUGCACCGCCGGCCCCGGGCAGCCGGGCUGCGCCACCCGGCCGGAUGGGACCCUCGACUGCCCGAGCAUCGUCGGGUGUUCCCGCUGUGUGGUCGGGCAAUUCCUGGCCGACGGGGCCGUGUGCCUGGCCGAAUGCCCGGCCGGGUACUUCGGCAAUUGGGACCCGGAGCAUGGGCCAAGUGGCUCCUGCCUGGCGUGCCACCAGCAAUGCGCCACCUGCAGCGGCCCCGGCCCGGAGCACUGCGAUCGCACGCCCGGCCCGGCCGGCUCACGCUUGGGCCUGGCCCUUGGCCUGUCCUUGGGCCUGCUCCUUUUGCUGGUCCUCAUCAUGCUGCUGGUGCUGUGUAUUGUCCGCCGCCGGGCCCAGGCCGGCCUCCGGGCCAAGGAGGCCGGCGAUGCCGAAGAUGCCACCAUGCUGAACACCAUCCUCGAGAUGGCCCUGCCGGGGGCCAUUCUGGUGGACGUCGGCAUGGACUUCCGCCCACUGGACGAGAGCCUCGGCUCCGGCGCACAGGCCAGCGUCCACGCGGCCCAGUCGGUGGGCGCCGGCAUCAUGGGGCGCCUGGGCUGCCCGGCCACCGUGGCCAUCAAGCAGCUGAACCCCGGCACCAUGGACCAGGCCCGGGUGGCCCUGUUCCAGAACGAGGUGGCGCUGAUGUGGCUGCUGCGCGACGCGCCGAACAUCGUCCGGCUGUUCGGCUACAGCGACCAGCCGCCGGCCAUCGUGAUGGAACGCUACCAGACGGAUCUGGGCACGCUGCUGCACUCGGAGGUCCCGCUGUCGGACCUGCAGCUGGCGACCAUCUGCCAGCAGUGGGCCACCGGGCUGGAGGCCAUGCAUGCCAAUGGCAUUGCCCAUGGGGACCUGAAGCCGGCCAAUGUGUUUGCCCGACAGGAGGGCCCCGGCCACUGGCAUGUGGCCCUCGGCGACCUCGGCACCAGCCGGAACCUCAACUCCGCCCGGGCGUCGGCCCUGACCAGCGCCUUCCCGGAGCUGAAUGCCAUGUCCGCGCGGUACGCCGCCCCGGAGCUGAUUGAUGCCUUCCAACGGUGUGUCCCCCUGGACCGGGGGCACUGCCUGCCGGCUGACAUCUACGCCGCCGGGACCAUGCUCAAUCAGUGUCUGUCCCGGCGGCCCCCCUGGCAUGGCAUGGGCCUGGAGCAGGUCUUGGCCGCGGUGAGGGGGGGCCAGCGCCCCGACACCGCCGGCCUCCCGGCAAGCGGGCCCUUCGCCAAUGCCGGGGGGCUCAUCUCGGUUGCCUGGCGGGCGGAUCCCCUGCUGCGCCCCGGUGCCGGGACCUUCCGCCAGCAAUGCGCCACAUUCGUCGUUGCUGCUGGCGGCCUUGACCUGCGGUAA